CUUCCGGGUACUCAUGUGAUUCUUUUUUUGCAGGACCGGAGGUGGUGUGAUGGCAUGUGACAAAUACCAGAUAGUGGUGCAAGGCGAGGCGUCAGAGACCGACUCAGAUGAUGAGGUAUACAUCACCUCCCUCUCUCCACAUUCAGCAGCCGGAGGGCAAAAGGUACCAAGGGAAGCAUCUGAGACUGACAGCGAGGGGGAGGUUGAGAGAGUACGUAAAUGUGUCAUUCCUGCAAGCUCUGAAAACACACAAAUAUUACGCAAGGACUUAACUCCCCUGCUUGUGAUCAGAGAUAACCCUGACAUUCUGUCCGCGGUAGAGGAGUUGGUUGUGUCUAGGCCUGAACACAGACGGCUCUACUACAACACUUUACUCCAGCUGAAAUUACAGGAGAGCAAUGCACGUCUGUGCACGGAUGUGCCCCAGACCAUCAAACAGGUGUAUGGUAAUGCCACAAAGGAGAUACGCAUGGCCACAACCCACCUAAACAGCUCCCAGAACGGCAUCAUCAAAGCCUCCCACAGCAUCCGACUCAUUCUGGACGACCUCAAGUCCGUCUCAGAGGAAAUAGACAUUAUCGCCAGCUGUUAUCUACUCCCCGAUAUUACCAUCCCCUCCUCUCCCACUACCCCUAUUCUCGGACAGUGAUGUGCCCCAUUCAUUGUUUCAUAUGUAUUAUGUAGGCUAAACAAUGGACUUGGGAGUAUCAUUAUUUUGUAAAAGGCACUUGCAUUAGGUGAAUAAAUUAUGCAUGCCAUAAUACUA